AUGAAACGCUACGACGACAUGCCGCUGCCGUAUUCGCAGGGCGGGCCUAUGCCGACGCGUCGGCCAACCAUUCGCGUCACUGGCGGCAACUCUGCCGGGGCCGGAGGCGGCAUGGGCAUGGGCAUGGGCGGCGGAGGAACGAUCGGCCGGGGAACAGGAGGCACCGUCAAGCGCUCCAAGACACUCACGAGGCCCGAGCGACACGUCGCGCCCGAGCCACUCAUCAACCCCACAGGCAAGGAGGAAGCUGCCGCUCAUGCGUCCGGCUCCAAGCUCGACUGGUGGACUCUGACGUCGUGGGUCGUGACGUUUUGGGCCCCUUCCCCAUUGCUCAAGAUGGUAGGCAUCACGGAAGCAAGCUCGAGGCAAGCAUGGCGCGAGAAGAUCACACUAUGCUUUAUCGCCAUUAUCAUGGGCGGUAUGGUCGGUUUUGCGACCAUGGGUCUGCAGAGCGCUCUGUGCCCCGGCGGCGGCAACGGUGCUGGCUACCAAUUACUGGGCACUCGUGACUCAACGCUCUCCAUCGGCGGCUGGGCAUUCAACAUCAACGAAUCCAAGCCGUUCGGCAAUGUCAACUUCUACGAGCUCUCCAACCAGAUGACUGGACAGGACAUCACGCCCUUCUUCACGCGCACUGCCGCCGAUUACCCCGAUUGCACCGCAACCAAUUUCAGGUACGCUGCGCCUGACAUCUGCAACGCAAAGGCCAAGGAGGGAAACGAGUGCAUGCUGGAGCAGCUCAGUGCCAACUCGCUGGCCUCGUACGCACUCAAGAACGAGUCACAGUACGAGGGUUACUCGUGGCUCCAGGUGGUCAACAGUACCAACUACAUUGUCAUCGACGGCUGGGUGCUCAACAUGAACCCGUACAUGCGAGCGAACCCGCAGCCGAUCUCUGGCGAUCCCAUCGACGCCAUCAUCCGAAAGGCUAUCUCCGUCCAGUCUUCGUCUGGCAAGGACUUGACGAAGCAGUUCUACAACAACCCGGACACCAAGGCUGCCAUCAAGUGCCUGACGACGCGCUACCUCGCUGGCAAAAUCGACAAGACAACCCCAGGAUGCUUUGUCGCCGCGCUUUUCCUCUACGCGUCUCUCAUUGUCAUUCUCGCCGUCGUACUGGUCCGCUUCUCCAUGGCCAUCAUCUUCUCCUGGUUCAUCUCACACAGGCUCAUCGAGAAGAAGACGCUCUCGCGCGGCACCGGAAUUGCACCGACGGUCAUGCCCGAGGGAGCCAACGUCUCUGUGCAUAAUCAGACGGGCACGGCACCGUGGGCCCAGCCGGGUAGGAAGGGACAGGCUCCAGUCACGGCGGCGGCUCCGGUCAUGAGUCUCGAUCGCAUUGGCGCAGAGCUGUUCUGCGUGUGCUUGGUGACGUGUUACUCGGAGGGUGAGGAAGGUAUCCGCAACACGCUCGACUCCAUCGCAGGGACCAACUACCCCGACCAACGCAAGCUCCUUUGGGUGGUGUGCGACGGCAUGAUCACCGGUGCUGGUGAGGCCCAGAGCACGCCAGACAUCUGUGUUGGCAUGCUCGAGGCGGACCCGAGGUUCGGCAACCCGCAGCCCAUGGGGUACAUUGCCGUCGGCUCUGGUGCCAAGCGCGAGAAUCGUGCCAUGGUCUACGCUGGGCACUAUGUCACCAAGGAUGGCCACCGCGCGCCAACGGUCAUCGUGGUCAAGUGCGGUGUGCCGUCCGAGGCCAACGACAAGAAGCCUGGAAACCGUGGCAAGCGCGACUCGCAGCUCAUUCUGAUGAACUUCUUCUCGCGCGUCACCUACAACGACCGCAUGACUCCCCUCGAUUACGACCUCUUCCGCAAGGUGCAGACCUUGAUGGGUGUCACACCCGACUUCUUCGAAGUGUGUCUCAUGGUCGACGCCGACACCAAGGUCUACCCCGACUCGCUCGCGUACCUUGUCAACGCGAUGGCCAACGACAACAUGGUCAUGGGUGUGUGUGGCGAGACGCGCAUCGCCAACAAGCGACAGUCAUGGGUCACAGCUAUCCAGGUCUGGGAAUACUACAUCUCUCACCACCAGAUGAAAGCGUUCGAGUCGGUCUUUGGUGGUGUCACCUGUCUUCCUGGGUGUUUCUCGAUGUACCGCAUCAAGGCCCGCAAGGACACAGAAAACGACUGGGUACCGAUCCUCGUCAAGCCUGAGAUUGUGCGCGAGUACAGCCAGUCGGACGUUGUCACGCUCCACCAAAAGAACCUGCUUCUCCUGGGUGAGGACCGAUUCCUGUCCACCAUUCUCCUUCGGACUUUCCCCAACCGCCGCAACAUCUUCCUCCCCCAGGCUCGCUGCCGUACUAUUGCACCCGACACAUUCAGCGUCCUCCUCUCUCAACGCCGCCGCUGGAUCAACUCGACCAUUCACAACCUCAUGGAGCUGGUGCUGGUCCGUGACCUCUGUGGCACAUUCUGUUUCUCCAUGCAGUUUGUCGUCUUCAUGGACCUCGUUGGCACAAUUGUCCUGCCGAUUGCCAUUUGCCUCACCUUUGCCCUGGUCGUCAACUCGAUCCUCAAACCGCCUCAAAAGUUCGAGGAAGCCAUUCCUCUCAUGCUCCUUGCGUGCAUUCUCGGUCUCCCGGCGUUUCUCAUUCUCAUCACCACACGCAAGCUCAUCUACGUUGCGUGGAUGCUCGUCUACCUCUGCGCCUUGCCUGUUUGGAACUUUAUCCUCCCCGUAUAUUCGUUCUGGCACUUUGACGACUUCUCGUGGGGCGAGACUCGAAAAGUCGAGGGUGAAGUCGUCGACAAAGCCGGUCACAGUGACGCGACUGCCGUAUUUGACGGCACGACUAUUCCUUUACGCCGUUGGGACGACUGGGAACGGAGUCGACUGCGCAAGAUCCGCCGUGAGGAGAAGCGAAGGCGACAGAUGGAGCGCAUGCACGGGCAGGCGUUCUACGGCGACGACGAUAACAUGCUGGUGGCGCCCGACCGCGGCUUUGCACGUGACGAGUCAGAUAACCAGUCGAUUGUCUCGUCUGAAGAAGACGCGUGGGGUGGUGAUGUUGGCGGCUACGACGAGAACCAUCCGUCUUUCCCGCCUCCGCCCAUGUCGCUCCCACCAGAGUCGCGGCCGAUGCCAGGUCCGUCGAUAGGCAUGGACCAGAUGGCACAGAUGCUCGACCAGGGCUUCGAGGAGCCACCGCCGGCAAACUUGCGACACGACCGCCGCACACCAUCGCCGCUGCAUCGCCCGCGCGUGUCGCCGCCAGCCGAUCAGUACUCGGGGCAGUAUGUUGGCGUGGGCCAGGGCCGCGGACCAACGCAUGGCCGCGGGGAGAGUACGAGCAUCGAACAGUACGUCAAUGGGCAUGUGCGACAGCGUUCCGCUGGCGGUCAAAACGGGUAUGGACCGCUGGGACCCGCGUAG